AUGGACGACAAACAAUUAUUAGAACGCGAGAGGAGGGCGUGGGCAGACAAGGAAAAGAAAUACAGAGAAGAAAUCUCUCAACUCAAAUCAAAGAGACUGACCAACUUUUUUUGGUCUAAAGACAAUGGAGAAAAAGCAGAAGCAGAGAAGCAACAAUUAGUGAAUGAUCUCCAAGAACAAAUGGCAGAGGAAAACAAACAAAAAGUCGAAACACUGAAAGACAACAUCAGAAUGAUGAUGGAAGAAUCUAAAAAGCUUGAGGCCGAGUUAAAGAAGAAGGACCAACUUAUUGAAGAGAUGCAGAAGAUCCAGACGUCUUCUGCAAGUUUUGAUGAUAUCAAAGAAAACAUUUCUAAGAUGAUGAAAGAUUGUAAGGACGAAGUCUGUAACGAAAUUAACACUGAAAAUUAUGGAAACGACACUAAGACUAUUAUCAUGAAGACGUUCGACGCUGCUCAGACUUUGGUUGAAAAAGCUUCGUUGGGUGAUACCAAUUCCGGAGAGUCGAAGAUCUCCGAGUUAAUGCAGAAAAUUGUGAAACUUGAGAAAGAGAAGGAAGGCAAAGUUAUUAUCACACAAGCGACUUACGACGAGUUAAAACAGAGUCUCUGUGCUGCCGAGGACAAAGAAAAAUACUAUAAAGAUCUUUAUGAAAAAAUGCAGAAAAACGACACAAGUGGCGCUUGUAUUGAACUAAAAAAGGCGGAGGAAAAUGCACGAAACUUGCUUGCACAGAAGACAGCUGAGUUCGAUCUUAAAGUGAAACAAAUGGAGGAAGACAAUAAUGUGAUUAAUGACAAGAAGAUAGACCUUCAAAUGAAGUUGAGUGAUGCGUUAGUGGAACUCUCGAGUUUAAAACAAUAUGUUGAUGAUAUCAAAUCGGGCAAGUUGCAGUUGGAUGAUGUCGUUGAAGGUAUGAAAGAGUUAAAGAGUGAGAAUAUUGCCAUUCAAAUGCAAUGUACUGAGCUUCAAAGUCAGAACGAUUAUUUGAAGAGUGCGGAUGAAGAGAACAAAAGUAAGAUAAGACAGAUGCAAACCAAAUUAGAUGAGCAGUCUGUCUUAAUGCAACAGAGUAAUAAAGUAGCACAAGAUGCGGAAGAGGGCGAGGAAAGGAAUAAAAAGGAAAAGCAGAAGUACUUGAGAACCAUCGAAGACCUCCAAAACGAAGUAAAAAAUUUAGAAGACGAGAACAAGACACAAAAAGCGAAAUUGGAGUUAGAAAUUGAUUCUAAAGAGAAGCAAAGGCUGUUAGUAGAAAGCGAAAACGACAAGCUAAGGCGAGAAGUGUUGGAAGCCAAAAGUGCAUUAGCUGAGAACAAGAAGAAGACUCGAGAAAGUGAAGAAGCAAUGACAAAGCGAAUUGUUGAGAUGAAGAUGACGAAAACAGACAAUUUGGUGAAUGUCCAACUUGAGCAAGACAGGCUGAAAGCCCGUGUUGAAGAGUUGGAGAAUCAAAAUAAGACGUUGGAAGAGAAAAACACCAAAAUGAGUUUAUUGCUGUCAGCGCGUGUCGCGGAAGAUGAACGAGCGAAGCGAGAAAGAAACAAAAAAGUCCAAAUCAUCCAAUUUGGCAAGAAACAAAGUGUUGUUGGUGAAGAGCAAGUCACGUUACUUGGUGAGAAGAUUGGCGAGCUUCAAAUGGAAAAGGCGCAGAUAUGUGAAGAGUUGAGUAAGACUUCGAAUGUUUUGAAGCAGAAAGAAAUGGAGUUAGCGGCGUGGCGAAGUGGGGUGGUUGAUACAUAUCUGAAAAGUGUGUUUUCAAAAAUGGAGAAAAAAAGUAAAGAUUCAUUCUCACAGAUGCAGGGGAUAGUCCAAGAUUUAGCUGCGCAAAAUGUUUUAUUACAACAAGAAAUCGCGAAGUUCAAACAAAACUAG